AUGUUGACAGCAAUUGGCGCGGGAGCGUUGUUCUUCACAACUCUGGUUAUAUCGACCUUGCUAUUAAUUUUGCCCUCUCGUUAUGAGCGGAACCAGCCAACGAGUCGAAACCCCCCCUCAGAUUCCAAUCAACGCAUUCGGAACCCUACUUCAUCAGUCCAGAUCGUGGUGCUUGGAGAUAUUGGUCGCAGCCCACGAAUGCAAUAUCAUGCCCUGAGUAUUGCGAAUCAUAAUUGCGAUGUCUCUCUUAUUGGAUAUACAAGUUCGGCUGUCCACCCUGACUUGGUGAAAAAUCCUCGAGUGGCUAUUGUGCCUUUAGCUUCACCUCCAAAUUUUCUCAGAACUAGCAAUAGAUACCUUUUUCCAGUUCUUGCUGCUCUGAAGCUGUUGCAUCAGACAUGGUGCUUAUGGCUUGCCGUGGCAUAUCGGUCAAAACCUGCGCAAUGGAUGCUAGUCCAGAAUCCACCUGCGGCUCCCACCCUUGUGAUAGCACACCUUGUGUGCAAACUUCGCAACAGCUGCCUGAUCAUUGAUUGGCAUAAUUUUGGAUACUCCAUCCUGGCGUUAAAACUGGGUAAAGGCCACCCGAUGGUGAAGAUUAAUAAGUCCCAUGAGGCCUCGUUUGGUCGCCUCUCUGCGGCGAACUUUUGCGUCAGUAAGGCGAUGGCGCGACAAUUACGUGAUGAUUUAAAAAUAAAAGCACCCAUUCUUGUGUUGCAUGAUCGGCCUCCUGCCCUCUUCCAACCCUUUCAGAACGAUGAUAAAAAGUAUGCCUUCCUCUCGUCUCUCCCAGAGACAUCAGAAUUUGUCCGUGAUAUGAGGAAUGGGGCAUGUCGCCUUCUCGUGAGCUCGACUUCAUGGACACCGGACGAAGAUUUCUCGAUUUUAAUCGACGCUUUAUGUCGCUACUCAGCUAUAUCCUCCACGGUGAAUUAUGACCUGCCACGGCUGGGAGUCAUAAUAACCGGCAAGGGACCGCAGCGUGAUAUGUACCUUUCGAGAGUUGCGAACUUGAUGGCCGAAGACAAACUUAAUAAAGUGGUAAUUAAAUCAGCAUGGCUAAGUUUGCAAGAUUACGCCCAGCUUCUCGCAAGUGCGUCUCUUGGUGUGUGUUUGCACACCAGCACCAGCGGCGUUGAUUUGCCCAUGAAGGUUGUGGACAUGUUUGGAGCUGGGCUCCCGGUUGUUGGCUGGAGUCGAUACGAGUCAUGGCCAGAACUGGUAACGGAAGGCAUAAAUGGCCUUGGGUUUGGGAGUCCCGAUGAACUCCUCGCUCACCUUCUGGAUCUCUUUGGCGAUGAUGGCAAGAAACUAGCAGUACUUCGCCAAGGUGCGCUCCAGGAAAGCAAACGGCGAUGGGAUGACGAGUGGGAUGCGGUUGCUGGAAAACUAUUUGACUUGGAUUCCCUUCCAAAUGAUAAAUAA